CCAUCCAGCUGUCACCAACUGCCUGCACGCACUCGUCACUUAUUCUUCAGCCUUGAUUGUUUGAAGCGCGGGGGUACAUCUGGACGUGUGAAAACAAGCAAUACACGGACGGCAGAAAGUAUUGAUGAACAUUGCCCUUGCAACGUCACGUUUGCAGUGAAUGGUACACGCCAUGGAUCCUUCCAACGACCAGGCCAAACUGCCUGCCGAGGAGGCAGCACAGGCUCAACGACCGACGGAGAAUACGACAAACGAAUCGAUCAAUAAACAAGAAAAUGGAACGGCGGCUGACGUUGCCACGAUAUCCGAGUCGACAAAGACAACAGAAACGCCAGUGUUGGGCUCCACGCAGAGCCAGAAACCACCGACAACCCAAGCACAGCCCGUAACGAUGACGCGCGAUCACUAUAACUUCCACUCACUGGGGAUUAGCCUUAACACGGCUGUUAAAAAGGCUCGCGUGCUCAUGGUUGGCGCAGGUGGCAUUGGAUGUGAACUGUUGAAGAACCUUGUGCUAUCUGGGUUCGGUGAUAUCCACAUUGUCGACCUGGACACGAUCGAUCUUUCGAACCUUAACCGACAAUUCCUCUUUCGACAUGAACACAUUAAAAAGUCAAAAGCUUUGGUUGCCAAAGAAGCUGCUCUCAUUUUCAACCCCCAAGUGAACAUAACAGCGCACCAUGCCAACAUCAAAGACUCCGAGUUUACGGUGUCUUGGUUCCGUCAAUUCGGCAUCGUCUUCAACGCCUUGGAUAACCUGGAUGCUCGCCGGCACGUAAAUAGAAUGUGCCUGGCAGCCGAUGUGCCCCUGAUUGAAAGCGGCACGACAGGAUUCAAUGGCCAGGUUCAAGUGAUUAAGAAAGGUCAGACUGCAUGCUACGACUGCACCCCCAAGGAAGUACCAAAGUCAUUCCCCGUGUGCACCAUUCGAAGCACACCAAGUCAGCCAAUCCAUUGCAUUGUAUGGGGAAAGAGCUAUCUGUUAAAUGAAAUCUUUGGUGAAAACGAAGAUCAGUCGGCUUUUGAUCAUUCAGAAGAUGCCGACAACGCUGGCGAGAUUGAAGAAUUAAAGAAAGAAGCUGCUGAGCUCAAAGCAAUCCGAGAGUCAGUUGGAACACCGGAGUUCUGCAAGCUCCUCUUCACAAAGGUCUUCACAAAGGACAUUGAGAGACUUCGCUCUGUUGAGGACAUGUGGAAGACAAGAACUGCACCUGAAUCACUCAACUACGACAAAUUACUUGUCAAGUCUGCCAACGCGAUCGAACAUGCGAAGGAAAUCUUGCACGAUGAUCAGAAGAUCUGGACCCUUGAAGAAAACUUGGCUGUCUUUAAUGAUAGUUUGGAAAGGUUGAGCAGAAGACUGCAAGAGGCCAGGAAAUUGCCGGCAUCCACUGGUACUGCACCAGUCAUCACGUUUGAUAAAGACGACAUUGAUACUCUUGACUUUGUCACAGCCAGUGCCAACAUUCGCUCGCAUAUCUUCAGCAUCGAACUCAAGUCUAGAUUUGACGUUAAACAAAUGGCAGGCAAUAUCAUCCCCGCAAUUGCUACCACAAAUGCCAUAGUUGCAGGCCUCUGUGUUCUUGAGUCGUUCAAGGUUCUUAAGGGGGAUUACCAACAAGCCAGAGAGGUGUUCUUAACGCCAUUUGCACCGGCUCGACUUCUAGCACCAGACCGAUCCCGUGAACCUAACCCGGAAUGUCCUGUUUGUGGCGUUUUCAAUGCAAAUGUCGUAGUUGACCUUGAGAAAACGACAUUGAAUGAUAUCGUCGAGGGCCUCUUACAAGAACGUAUGGGACUCGGCGAACGCGAGUUUGUUGUUAAUACAGACCGGGGCAUUGUAUACGAUCCUGAUGAGACCGACAAUCUGCCGAAGAAGCUUGCAGAUCUGGGAAUCAAACCUGGGACUUUCAUUACCGUCACAGACGACUCGGAUGAUGAUGUAAUGGUUAACAUUGUGCUUAGCAUUGAAAUUGGGUAUUUUAUUCCGCCCAUGAUAUUGUACAGUCUAGUUACUAACGUGUCUGAUAGAACUUUUGGUCCAGACGAACAGCCAUUUAAGCCAUCCUUCACUGAAACACCAGAUAUUCCUCGCAAGCCAGCCCGACCAGAAUCUAUUGUACCCAACGGACAUGGGAUGAACGGCGCCAGCAACGGGGACGGACCCGUUGAGGUAUCUCAGGGUCAUAAGCGAGCACUCUCAAGUGGUGAUGGCCAGCCUGCCAAGAAGCAACGCCUCUCUGAGCCUUCAACCGCUGAUGACGAUGUCGUGAUUGUGGACGAUGCUGGUGGCGCCAUUGUCAUUGAUGAUGAUUGAACGCGAUAAAACGCUGCAAUGCGAUGGGCAAAUCACGAUGCGCUCAUACCACCAUCAAGGUUGAGCACACAAUUGUUGGCAAAGCCAUUUGAUGCAAGGAAGACAGCUGCAUCAGCAACCUCAUCUGGACUUGCGACACGACGGAGUGGUGUCUCUCGUAGAUACGCUUCUUUUAGCUCCGGCUUUAGACCUAUUGAACGAGUUGUAAAUUAAUGAUGGAGCGAUAACGACAGGAUGAGUUAGACUUACAUUUCCACAUUUCGCUGUCAACCCAUCCCGGGAGUAAGGCGUUGACACGGAUAGAGCGGGCGGACAUUUCAUGGCAAAGGGCGCGGGUGAAGCCUGGUGGAUGUGUUAGUAUUUGGAACCUUGGGUCACGGAUAUCUUUUCUUUUUGGCUGUUUGUAUUAUAGUUCAUAUGGAAAAGCAUCAAGACGUAGAGAAUAGCGAAUUGGAAACACGGUGGUGACAUACCUAUAAGUCCAGCUUUUGAAGCAGCGUAUGCUGUUGUUCCGAGGGCGCCCUUCACAGCCAUAAGGCUAGACACGUUUAUAAUACAUC